AAGCGUCCCUCGCAACGUCUGUGAUAACCGGUGUAGUAAACACUAUUACUUCAAUGUACAACUGCGUUGAGAACACGAUUCCUUCAGCAGGACUAAUUCAAUAGUGUUUCGUAACCGUCGUUCAGAUUAAAGAAUCAGCUUUGUCCAUAGCACCAUGAGGGAAUGCAUCUCCAUCCAUGUUGGUCAAGCCGGUGUCCAGAUGGGCAAUGCCUGCUGGGAGUUGUACUGUUUGGAGCACGGUAUCCAGUCUGAUGGUCAGAUGCCCUCUGACAGGACCAUCGGUGACGCGGACGAUUCCUUCAACACCUUCUUCAUGGAAUCUGACGAAGGGAAACUUGUUCCUAGGGCUGUCCUCGCUGAUCUUGAACCAACUGUUGUUGAUGAGGUCCGUACCGGCACGUACAGUAAACUGUUCCACCCAGAGAACUUGAUCUCAGGCAAAGAAGAUGCAGCCAACAACUAUGCACGAGGGUACAACUCGACAGGGAAAGAAAUAAUCGACCCUGUUCUUGACCGCAUCCGGAAUCUCGCUGAACACUGCAAUGGUCUCCAGGGUUUCCUCGUCUUCCACAGCUUCGGUGGUGGAACUGGUUCUGGCUUCACGGCUCUGCUGAUGGAGCGCCUCAGUAGCAACUAUGGUAAGAAGUCUAAACUACAGUUUUCUGUGUACCCGGCUCCAAACAUCUCCACUGCAAUGGUGGAACCUUACAACUCCAUCCUGACCACUCACACCACCCUGGAGCACUCGGAUUGCGCCUUCAUGGUCGACAACGAGGCCAUCUAUGAUAUCUGUCGCCGAAACCUGGACGUCGAUCGUCCCUCCUACACCAACUUGAACCGUCUGAUUGGUCAAAUAAUCAGCUCCAUCACAGCCUCAUUACGCUUCGAAGGUGCCCUGAACGUGGAUCUGACAGAGUUCCAGACCAACUUGGUGCCCUACCCACGUAUCCACUUCCCCCUGGCUACCUACGCCCCUGUUGUGUCUGCUGAGAGGGUACACCAUGAACAGCUGACAGUUGCUGAAAUCACCAACGCCGCGUUCGAGCCCGCCAACCAGAUGGUUAAAUGUAAUCCCACAAAGGCUUUGUAUAUGAGCUGCUGCAUGCUGUUUCGCGGUGAUGUUGUCCCGAAAGACGUCAACGCUGCCAUCGCUGCUAUCAAGACCAAGAAAACCAUCCAGUUCGUGGACUGGUGUCCCACUGGUUUCAAGGUCGGUAUUAACUACCAACCACCAACUGCUGUUCCCGGUGGCGAUCUGGCCAAGGUUGAGAAAGCUGUGUGCAUGUUGAGCAACACCACUGCCAUCGCUGAAGCCUGGGCUCGUCUUGACCACAAGUUUGACCUCAUGUUUGCCAAACGUGCCUUCGUGCACUGGUAUGUGGGAGAAGGUCUGGAGGAGUCUGAGUUGUCGGACGCCCGUUCUGAUUUAGCUGCCCUGGAGAAGGACUACGAAGAAAUCGGAAUCGACACCCAACAGACAACACAGGAAGAGUUAGAUGACGAGUAUUAGAAUACAUUUAAAGUAUAGCUUUCAUUGUGACAAGCAUUAUAUAUGAGAAAUUACAAUGAUGUCAAGUUAAAAAAUGCAGUUGAGAUUUACAGGUAGCAACUGGUUUAUCAUUAUAUUCACUGUACAGUGGAUACAAAAAGUGUUCACGUGAAAUAUACACUUGGAAGUAAUUAAGCACUAAUGUAGCCAUUUAAAGCUAUUUUGUUUUGUUUACUUAUUGACAUACUCAUAUUGAAAUAUAGAAAUAAAAAUCUAUAAUAUAAUGACAUGUAUUGUAACAGUUCCAUGGCAAUAGAAUUUAACGACCUUUUAACUUGCUUCAUCUGCCUGUUUGCAUCAUAUGAUAUGACGUAGAACUUGUGAUCUUAGACAUUUAUCAAGAUUAGAUGAGAAAAUAUGUAGAUUUUGCCAAUUAGGGAUAUAUGAAAAUAAAGGAAGGGUGGUGCUAAUCGUUUUUGAGCUUGUGUAUGUAAUUAUUAAACAGCAAGGGGACCCUGAGGCUUUCAGAAGCACUUGCCUAUCAUAUAGUCGGAAUCGAACAAUAGAUUCUGCUUCAAGUUGAGAUUUCUUAUGAUUAUUGAAAGUGUUGUACGGUUCCAACUAUAUCAUGACCAAAAAGUGAGUGUGUAUGCCCCAUCGGUGGCAUUCGUCACAAACACAUGCAAAAGCAAGUCAAGUGUUUACUAAAAAAACUCGCGAACAAAUGGUCAAACUAGGGAAUGUCAUCUGACAUAAUUUUGUUCAUGAUGCGUAAAAACCACGAAAGACAUAAACGCAAUGCCAUCGACAAAAUGUCACCAUCUUUCGGCAGAGAUAAUUGAAUUAACAUUUAUUUCUCUUUUGUAAUAUAUUACCUUAAUCAUAUAACAGAUAGUGUAAUGGGUAAGAUAAA